AUGGCUUGUCUUAUCCUUGUCCGUAUUACGUCUCAUCCAUACCAUUUCGUUUCCUUCUUCGAUGACAUAAGCACCUUUCGAAUCUUUCUUGUUACUACCAUUAGUAUUAUUAGUAUGAAAGUUUUUUGUCUUAUUAUGACAGUGACAAUCUUGACAAUUUUCAUGAUCGAAGAAGAAGGAUUGAAAUGUUAA